GGAGCCGGAGCCGAAGCCCGAGCCAAGGAGGUGGCGCUAGCAGUCUCGCCCCAGCCCCACCGCCUCCUGCGCCGAGACCCAGCGCAAGCGGCGCAGCCCGGGCGCUCUCGGCUCCGCGCUGCCCGCGCCCCGGCCACCCACGCCCCUCUCCGGGUCUCCCGCGUCGCUCUCCGCGCGGCGCCCCAGCCCUUGGUUUCCCAGGCUCCUCGCGGCGCCCCCAGCGCCCCUUCCCCACCCGUGGGCCCCGCUCCCUCCGCCCCCUCGCUGCCCACGCCCCCUCUUGGCACUCCUCUCUCCGCCCAUUGCCUCCCGGCGCGGCUCCCGAGUUGGGGGUUAGCCGGGGCUCCGGUGGCUCGGCAGAAGGCGUGAAUCGCGCAGCAAUUGAUUGACUCAUUUUGGGUGGGGGGCGAGUCAGGCGAUGGAGCCGCCCGAGGACAUGGCGUCGCUGAGUGAGUUCGACUCCUUGGCGGGCAGCAUCCCGGCCACCAAGGUGGAGAUCACCGUGUCCUGCAGGAACCUCCUGGACAAAGACAUGUUCUCCAAGUCUGACCCAUUGUGCGUCAUGUAUACACAAGGGAUGGAGAACAAGCAGUGGCGGGAGUUUGGCCGCACGGAAGUCAUUGACAACACACUCAACCCCGACUUUGUGCGCAAGUUCAUCGUGGACUACUUCUUCGAGGAGAAGCAGAACCUUCGCUUUGACCUGUAUGAUGUCGACUCCAAGAGCCCGGAUCUGUCUAAACACGAUUUCCUGGGCCAAGCCUUCUGCACCCUUGGAGAGAUUGUGGGGUCUCCCGGAAGCCGCCUGGAGAAGCCCCUCAUGAUAGGAGCAUUCAGCUUGAAUUCCAGGACAGGCAAACCCAUGCCAGCUGUGUCCAACGGAAGUGGUCUUUGGAUGGAAAGUUUGAGAACCCCGGGUCCGGAAGCCUCCGGUGGUGUCCCAGGAAAGAAAUGUGGCACCAUCGUCCUGUCUGCAGAGGAGCUCAGCAACUGUCGGGAUGUAGCCACAAUGCAGUUCUGUGCCAAUAAGCUGGACAAGAAAGAUUUCUUUGGGAAAUCUGAUCCCUUCCUGGUCUUCUACAGAAGCAAUGAGGAUGGCACGUUCACCAUCUGCCACAAGACUGAGGUCAUGAAGAACACUCUCAACCCAGUCUGGCAGACCUUCUCCAUUCCUGUGAGAGCGCUCUGCAACGGGGACUACGAUCGGACCAUCAAGGUGGAGGUGUACGACUGGGACCGAGAUGGCAGCCAUGACUUCAUUGGGGAGUUCACCACGAGCUACCGGGAGCUGGCCCGUGGGCAGAGCCAGUUCAACAUCUAUGAGGUGGUGAAUCCAAAAAAGAAAAUGAAGAAGAAGAAAUACGUGAAUUCUGGCACAGUCACCCUGCUUUCUUUUGCUGUGGAGUCGGAGUGUACCUUCCUGGACUACAUCAAAGGAGGGACCCAGAUCAAUUUCACCGUGGCCAUUGACUUCACUGCCUCCAACGGGAACCCCUCACAGUCCACAUCCCUGCACUACAUGAGCCCCUACCAGCUGAAUGCCUAUGCCCUGGCACUGACCGCCGUCGGUGAGAUCAUCCAACACUACGACAGCGACAAGAUGUUCCCUGCCUUGGGCUUUGGGGCCAAGCUGCCCCCGGACGGCAGGGUGUCCCAUGAGUUCCCACUGAAUGGCAACCAGGAGAAUCCCUCAUGCUGUGGCAUCGAUGGCAUCCUGGAGGCCUACCACCGCAGCCUGCGCACCGUGCAGCUCUACGGCCCCACCAACUUCGCACCCGUCGUCACCCAUGUGGCCAGGAAUGCAGCGGCCGUACAGGAUGGCUCCCAAUACUCUGUGCUGCUCAUCAUCACCGACGGGGUCAUCUCAGACAUGGCGCAGACCAAGGAGGCCAUUGUCAACGCUGCCAAACUCCCCAUGUCCAUCAUCAUCAUCGGCGUGGGCCAGGCAGAGUUCGAUGCCAUGGUGGAGCUGGAUGGUGAUGACGUGCGGAUCUCCUCCCGGGGGAAGCUGGCUGAACGGGACAUUGUGCAGUUCGUGCCCUUCCGGGACUACGUGGACCGCACAGGCAACCACGUGCUAAGCAUGGCCCGCCUAGCCCGAGAUGUGCUAGCAGAGAUCCCCGACCAGCUGGUGUCCUACAUGAAGGCUCAGGGCAUCCGCCCUCGUCCCCCGCCCGCUGCCCCAGAGCACUCCGCACCGCAGUCCCCAGCCCGCACACCCCCCGCCUCUCCGAUGCACACGAACAUCUGAGCCUGGCCAUGCGGGCAGGUGACUGGGGCUCCGGGGGAACCCACUCAAGACCCUGUUCAGUCACCUCAUUUGUUGCGAGGACUUCUGUGUGUCUGGGACAGGCUCGUUGUCUCACAUCCAGCCCAGUGCAGGGACAGGUAACAGGCUGGAUGCUGGAGUGCUGGGGUUCAGGUCCUUUCUUCCUGGGUCCCUCAGCCAGGUACUGAGAGGGUCUCUCUGGCAGGCCAGCCCUGGGCAGCACCCGUCCCAUUCCGGCUCGGAGCUCAGCCUCCUCCUCCAACCCCUGUUCUGCCUCCUGUACUAUCUGCCCCUACCCCAGGGCUAAUGGGUUGGCAGGAACAUCUAAACACAUGACCCUGCAGGGAUCCGUGCAGUGGGAUGUGUCAAGGAGGUAGCUGCCAUGCACUGUGGGCCUCUC